GAUGGAAUGAAUGUAUAAAAGGAAGAUUGAUUCCACAUCUUGGAUCAGCGGGCCGCUUUCCGUCUUUUCACCCCUUCCAUACCUAAAAGACGAUUCAUACAUUCUUCCCUUAUAAAAAAAAAUAUACAACGCAGAACAAAACAAAUCAGAAGAAUUAUUGACUACAGACAUGGCUGACAAUUACAACCAAAACAGCAACAACAACAACCUGGCAUUAUCAGAAGAUAAAGCAGAGCUCGAUCAGUACCAAGUAGAUGACGAGUCCACAUAUGCUCAGCCGUCACCAGUAGCGACUCCUGCUACAUGGAGGGAGCGUUUGGCCACCUUGUUCACUCGUCGUGUCCUGACAAUCGUACUCUUGGGUCAAUUCUUGGCCUUGUGUAUCACUGCAACGACGAUCCUGACCACUGAACUGGCGCAGACCAACAAUAUCUCCAUCCCCACUACGCAGUCCUUCCUAAACUACCUUGUCCUUGGUGUCGUGUAUACCACCAUCACCCUCUUCAAGGUGGGAUUUUCGGGAUGGUGGGAAAUUAUCCGACGCAGGUCGCUCUAUUAUAUCUUGUUUGCACUGAUUGAUGUCGAAGGCAACUACUUCAUUGUCAAGGCGUACAGUUAUACCUCGCUUCUCUCAGCCAUGCUCCUCGACGCAUGGACAAUUCCUUGUGUCGUGUUAUUGUCCGUCUUUUUCCUAAAGAUGCGUUUUGUCCGCUGGCAUUAUUUGGGUGUCUUCGUCUGUUUGGUCGGCAUGGCUUUCCUCAUCUGGUCUGACAUGAGGGCAGGCAAGGAUUAUCCUGGCACUGAUUAUAUCAAAGGAGAUCUUUUCUGCCUCGUUGGAGCCACCUUUUAUGCUUUCUCCAACGUUGGGCAGGAGUACUUGGUUCGUCAGCGACCCAUGUAUGAGGUCGUUGGUCAACUCGGAUUCUGGGCUACGAUCAUCAAUGGUAUUCAGUUGGCGAUUCUCGAGAGGCAUGAACUGAAAAGCAUUACUUGGACAGGUCCGAUCAUCGGCUACAUCAUUGGUUUUGACAUUGCCAUGUUUCUCCUCUAUUCGGUCUCACCCAUUCUGCUCCGUCUCAGCUCCGCUACGUUCUUCAACCUGAGCUUGUUGACAAGCGAUUUCUAUGGCCUUCUCUUUGGUCUCUUCCUCUUCUCAGCAAAGAUCAAUGAGCUCUACCCUAUCGCCUAUGUCCUGAUUUGUCUCGGAAUCAUCAUUUAUAAUAUCUACCCUGCUCCUGCACCCAAGUUCAAGCCACGACUGGCAACACAGCAUGAGGAGUCUGAGGCGCACUCACACGUUUAAUGAUGCUUUGCUUUGGUUGCUAUUGGAUGUUCAUGUAAAACGUUAAUACAGAUCUCCAGGAUUCUUCCGUUAAUUUCACCCUCCCCCCGUUCAGAGCCCCUUCAUGAACAAAUAGAGUUACUCGGAUGUUUGUCUGCGUUUAUACAUAUUACUACGAAUAAUAAUAAAUAUAUAAUAACAAUAAUAAAAAAAAGAGCACCAUAUUCUAUCGG